GUUCAGUCUCAAAUUGGACCGGGACCUGAUCGGUUGGAAAAAGAAUUUUCAAGUGGAAUAAGUGCGGUGUUGGUGCUAAAAUGAAGAUUAAGUGGACUCUGGCAAUUUUGUGCCUUUUCUGUGAAGUGGUUUUCCCCCAAACUGUCGUUCAAAAUACCCCAAAUAAUACUUAUACGGGCAUACAAGGUAGGCCUAUAUGUACAGGCGGUUAUGGCGGUUCUAGUUGUACAACAACCAUCGUUGCUCCUGUUACUUUAAAAUGCCCUGCUGGAUUUGCAUUAUCUAACAAUCAGUGCAUUAGUUCAACAGUAAGGACUAUAACUGCGGAGAAACUUAUUGGUUGCCCUAGUGGAUAUACCAUGCAAAAUAAUCAAUGUGUACGCACAACUUCGAGUCAAACUACUGCUUCCUAUGUCUGCCCUGAAGGCUAUACUUUGAGUGGAAACUUGUGCUAUCCACCUCAGGGGCCUGUGUUGCCACCUACUCCACCUAUCCUGCCACCCCCACCACCCCCAUCAGUGCCACAACAGAUUUGUCCUACUGGAUACACCUUUAAUGGAGCAACGUGUGUACAGAAUAUUCCUCAAUGUCCAACAGGAUAUCAGUUUUCUGGUGGAAUGUGCCAUCCCGUUUGUCAGACACAAACGGGUGGGUGGAAUUAUGGUCAAACUGUUAAUCCACCAUGUGCCUAUCCAAACGCCGUUUCUAUUUUUGGAGUUCAGCGAAAUAAUCCUUGUUUGACAAAUCCUGUACCAUCAAUUCCUGUACAAUCAUUUCCUGUACAAUCAUUUCCUGUACAAUCAUUUCCUGUUCAACCUGUACAACCUUGUGGUCCACCUGUACCACCUUAUGUUCCACCUGUACCACCUUAUGUUCCACCUGUACAACCAAUUGUUCCACCUGUACAACCAAUUGCUCCACCUGUACAACCAAUUCCUGAAACACCUCCUGUUCAACCCUUACCCCCAAUUUCUCCAACUUUGAAAUGUCCCCCAGAAUACGAACUAAUUGAUGGUUUGUGCAAAGAUAAACUAAUCCAAGUAGAACGGCCAAUUGAACAGUGUCCUAUGGGAUUUAUUCUCAUCAAUAAUGAGUGCAGGAAGGAUAUUGUUGAUGUUAUUAAAAGUCCAGUUGAAUUAGGUUGUCCAGAAGGCACAACUUACACACCACAAGGCUGCGUCAGGCAGACGUGUGUUAAUCAAAAUCAAAAUCAGACCUGUGUUUACCCAACGUUUCCGACGUAUCCUCAUACUAAUGAACAUUUCUCAAGCUCAAAUCCUCUCUCUAAUUCCAUCAAUAACCACAAUCCAAUCAAUGUAACGUCUAAUGUAAAUGCCAACAGCACAAAUCAUGUUAUCGUUCACUUGUAUACACAAGAAGGGGAAACUCGCGUUGUAACUGGUACUGAUGGAAAGCACACUGAGACUGUAAUUCCUCAACCCCCUAAACCAACACCGCCUGUAGAACCAAGACCUCCUGUCCAUGAAGAAGACAAAUGUUGCACAAUUGUCUCACCACGUAUAUGUAAACCGCAGCAAGAUAGUUCAUGGAAGUGCUUCCAUCGCAGGAAGCAAGUUUGCUCGCCCAUGUGUGAUCGGCAAGUGAUGUACCUUCGUCCAUCUCGGCCAGUCUACCAACCACCUGUUAUGGUUGUUCCUCCAAUGAGAACUCGUCCCUGCAAUCACUGUAGCUACAGAACUAUGCAUGACUGCUCAGGCUGCCAAAUGAAACGAGGCUACUGCCCACAGUACUGUUCUUCCUAUCAGUGUUCAUCAGCAUCUGAAUGCGGCUAUAUGAACCAGGAUUCAUAUUGUAAUGAAUACGGUGGAGAAAUGUGCUCUUCCGACUACGGCUGUCUUGAAGGAGAAUACUGUGACUACUGAUACGAGAGCUGAGUACAAAAAAAUUAAUCAAAGGAAAACCCAUUUAUUUGACCUUUAUAUAACCAUAUCAUUCGAAAUUAAUGAUUACAAAAAAUAUCAAUUUUGAUAAAGGAUUAAAAAAAUAAAUUGCUUCCGACAAACGAUUUAGGAACUCAUUAAAUUAACGGAGUAAGUAAAAAAUUGAAAAUAAAAAAUCUUAAGAUUGAAACUUUUUAUGCUCUAGCUUUAUCGGUUUUCUUGAUAACGUAUACUCUUAUGUUUUUUUUAAACUAAGAGUUCCUCGAAAUAACUGGGAUAUUACUAAUAAACUGCCAUUAGUUGACUUUUUAAUCAAUUUGUAGAUUUUUAUAAACAAGUGAAUGAAUAAUUAAUAAAGUUUUACAAGAAUGUAA